AUGAAAGAAAAGCCUUCUGCUUCCUCUUCGGAAAGGCACGAUUAUGAUCAAGCACUCGCUCUUCAACUUUAUUAUGACGAAAAGAAAAAUCACCACAAUCACCCAUACAAAAAGGACAAAAAAAUAAGAAAUUCUGUUCAGUCAACGUUUACUGAUGCAAAGAAAGAUAUAGAGAAAAAAUUGAGCUCUGCAUUUCGUGAUUGUAUUGCAAUGUUAGAAAAAAACCAGCUACCCUCUCAUCACAACAUUUAUACAAUUAAGGGUUUGGUUGAUAAUCAAAAGAAAAUUGAUUCACAAACCAGAAUUAAAUUAUUCAUUAAUGCUGAAACCCUAGUGGAGAGAAUCAGGAAAUAUUUUACUCAUUACUUGGAUGAAUGCUUUACAGUGAAGAGCAUAUUAUCUUUGGAAAAGUAUUUCAUUCUAAAAUCACUCAGAUAUCUGGCAGAAGAUAUUAGUUAUUCUAUUGUGAAAGGAGAUGAAACUUCGAAAUACAAGAAUACUUCACUCUUGGAUUUUGAUGAUCAUAUCUCGAGUGUUAAUAGAAGAAAAAUAUUUCUUGAUGGGGGAAGGAAAAACUCUUCCAAUAGAGAAAUCAUUGUAAUUGAUGAAGAGAGGGAUGAGGGGUUAAUGUUAAUAGUAGAAACGUUUCGAUCAAUAUUUAUGAAGAAGUUUGGUACAACAAAAUUUCAGUCUAACAAAUUCAACAGCAAAACUCUUUUGGAGCUAUUUUCCCUGCUUAGUAAUUAUGUCAACUCAUGUUUUGGAGGAAAUUCUAAUAAUAUUGUAGAAUUAUCAAACGCUUUUAUAGAAAACUUUUUAAAGAAAUCAAAAAGUCAAAGAAUCAUGUUAGGAGAUAUACGUUUUGGAGUGUGUAGACAUAGAGCAAUUCUUUUCAAAUAUUUAUGUGAUCAUUUAUUUGUAUUCGGUCUCGUAAAUGACAUCAGAUGCCGUUUGGUUAGAGGAAAUGUUAAUGGAGGAAAUCAUGCUUGGAAUGUUGUAUCAAUUAUUGAUUGUGAAGCAUCAAAUCCAACUAUUCAAAAGUUUUUUUUGGUUGACGUUAUGCUUCAUCCUGGUAAAUUAUAUGACAUUGCCUCAAUUGAGGCUCAUAAUUACAUAAGACAAGGAAGUGAUAAUGGUAUUGGUGGAUUGUCUGUUAGAUUAUCUCCUAAUGAAAAAGAUUUAUACUCUGUAGUUGGCGAGAAACGUUUAUUGGGAAGAGGGGCAACUGGUAAGGUUGUACAGUGUACCGUCAAUCUUCCUAUAACGGGGAAAAUAGAUUGCGCCGUCAAAAAGGUUGUUUUACAGAAUAAUCAAGAUAGAACUGUGAGAGAAAUCAAUUUAUUGACCUAUCUAACACAUCCAAACAUUAUAAGAUUUUACAAUGCUAGAAUCCUGAAGAAUUCAACAGAAACCUCCAUUUUCAUUUACAUGGAAUUAAUGGAUUGUAAUGCAAGAAAGUUUAUUUCCGAUUUUAAAUCCCAAAUUACAAAGGAAACUAGAGAAUAUGUGUUCGAGCUAUUAUUCUUUCUCAUUAAUGUGGCAAGAGGAAUUUCUUAUUUACAUUCUAAAAAUAUUAUUCAUAGAGAUAUUAAACCUGAAAAUAUUACAUUGAAAUAUCAUAGAAAUUCUCCCAAAACAAUUGCAAAAGUGAGACUUGUUGAUUUUGAUAUUGCUGUAAAACAAAGUGUUGGGUCUGGGACAAUAUGUGGAACUUCAGGUUAUAUUCACUAUUCUGAUCUCCUAGAACCAAAAACCGCAUCUACAAGUCUUGAUUGUUAUAGUUAUGGGAUACUUCUUGCUGAAAUGUUUAUGGAUUUAUCACCAAUUGAAUUUUUUGCUAAAUAUCCCAAUGAACACAUUGCAUUUGCAAACUAUUACUCCAUUGGUAAUAUUGAAAAACAAAUUGAUUCCAAAUUUAGUUGUAUUCCUUCGAGCUACAGAGCUGCCUUUAAAGAAAUUGUUGCUGAUUGUAUUCAGGUUCCAGAAAAACGCCCCAAAAUGUCACAAAUACUUGUAAAGCUAGAAAACUACUUGCUUAAGAAUUAUAUUAAAAAGGCAGAAGAAGUAUUAGCCACAACUAUAAAAUAA